GUGAUUUACUAACCAAAGUGGGAGAGCAUUAUGCGACCCCUCGGCUCGCACGGCAACGCUAAAAGUGUGCAAAGCUGCUGAAAGCCGCACCUGAAGCCCACGUUUUCCAGGGAUUUCAUUACUCAUCAUAGGAUGGCGUCGAUUCUUUCCGUUCUGUUGACAGUAACAACGAUAGUAUUUGGUCACAGUCGAGUUACUGUGUCAGCGUGCAUGCAGCUAACCGAAAAUGAAAGACCAGUUCUAUUCUGUCAGUCAUCGGUGCCACAGCUACCUUUGGAUAGUCAACAGAUACCUCCAGAUCUGGCAAAAGUUCGUAUCCUGGGAAUCAGUCAGUCCGGAACACCACACAACGGGCACUUAACUGCAUUUAACCUAACCGGCCUCGAAACACUGACAUAUCUUGAAAUCAGCAAUUUUAACCUCGUACAGAUCCAUCCAGACACGUUCAAAGCCAUGCGACAACUUCGAGUAUUGGAUCUGUCCCGAAAUCGAAUUACAAUGAUACAACCCGGUGCAUUCAGUGGUCUUCAUUUGAACCUGCUCGCACUGACAGACAAUUCUGGUUUGGUUCUUGGUCGAGGUGCUUUUCGCGGUUCCGAGGUGAAUAACUUGGCGGCGAGAAAUUGUAAGUUACAAGAUGUGGAUUAUGAGACCAUCGCCGAGGCAAAACCAAAGCAGCUCGGGCUUUCGCACAACCAGAUAACCUGGUUGGAUCCGCGAUUUGAGAGACUGAUUAGGCCAUGGACCUCAUCGACAGAAUCAUCCCCUGUUAACUUAGACGACUGGGGUUCCAUUGACCUGACAGACAACCCAUUAAGUUGUAACUGUCAACUGUUCUGGCUAUCGAGGCUACUCGAGGAACAACUAUAUGCCCACCAACACGAAACAACAAACAAGAUAGAUAACCGUGCGAAAGUCAAACCUGACCCCAUAACCACCACAAUUGAACGUCCAUCUACAUCAGGUACGAAGCGAAUGUACCAACUCAACCUGACCUGUGGCAGUCCACCAGAGUUGCUCGGGAAACCACUGCCCCAGAGCUGGAGGCUUUAUUGUCCGAAUCCGAAGAUUGUGGGAAUAGAUAUUAGCUUGUUGACAAACCAAGCGGAUCAUGCCCAACUCACGUGCAUUGGGCAGGGACAACCAGCCCCUAGUCUAGCGUGGACGUACCGUAUAAACGGACACAAGCUUCAAAAGACACUGGACGCCGUCACACAAUAUACACCGAACCAAAGUCCAUCCCACUAUCCUCACAGCGAGCACCGUAUGUACGGUACAGCCGAAACCCCUAACCCCACCAGACUAUUUGAAAGAAGCAUUGCACUGAACGUCAGCCUGAAAGAACCAGUAGCAAAGAAUUUCACAUGUACAGUUUGGAACGAUGACAGCCCACGAACACGUAGCCCCGGUCAUGUAUUCGACGCCAUUGAUCGCCUCGGUUCCAACGGCAUGCAGGUACCAAGUCAAGACAUCGGUGAAGUGAUGUCCAAUCUUAGAGUGCAUGAAGUGGUUGUGCGUAUCCACGGACCGUCGAAAUUCUCUCCCAUUACCGUCAUCGACCCCUAUACCGUGCAAGAUACCUCAGUGGCAGCCACAGUACAUAAUCGAUCGACUAGUGAGCUCAUACCUGUGGCAGCUGAAUCAACACUUGGUGUUAGCACUACAGCGGGGGCUUACGAGUACCUGUUCACUGAACGAUUUUCUUUACUCCAGUUGUUAGGCGCUGUAUUUGGCACUUUCAUUGUCACGCUAGCUUUGCUUUACUCUGUCACACACUUUCUACAUUGCUUCUGUCAGUUCCCUCAGUUUCCGGUAAAGGACUUUCAUAGGAGUUCGCAAGACAGUAAGACAAAGAAAGGCUGGUUCAAUCUGUCGACUAACAAAGAAGCAGUUACACUACUAAAUUCUGGACACUCACAUACCGUAGCUGAACGUUCCAUCCUACAUGACACUAAUUUUAGUAAGACGCUGAACUGUGAUUCAGCUUUUUCACUCUUGACUUCAGGAACCAACGGCCUCAGCACAACACCCGGGCCAUCCACUAUACCCGUACGAAGACAUCCCAUACCACAAGCGCUUUUGUUGACCAAUGUUCCAGCUCCACCGGUGGAUCGUAAUUCCGUGACACCACCCCCGAAUCCGGCGUACUGGCCAAUGCCCGAAUACACAUAUAGCGGGACAGGUAGUCACGAAUAUGACGUACCACGACCACUUGAACCACUAGUGGGUAACGCCUCUCUGCUCAGACCCACAGUGCCAAACGGUGCUACAGCCUUCCAAGGGGCCGCUCAGUCUUUUCUCAGUCUAUCGGUCCCUUCAACUGUGAAUGGAUCUGACAGUAUAGUAAAACACAAUCCGGUUGUGAUGCAGCCAACAGAUACACUGUCCACUAUGCACAACCCGUGGUUGCCAAAUAUCCAUCCAGGAUCUGCACUCAAUUCGAUUUUCUCUUGGGGGCAAGCAGGAGGAACUGGUACAGUGGGGUUACAGGCAGUUCAAGAAAGGCAACUACCGAGCGUUAGCUACACUCAGUAUCCCUCCUCACAGUCCAUUGUAUACACCGGAGAUUAUCCUACUUACUUGCAAACCAGACCCUACCCACAUCAUCAGCAGCAAAUACAACCACUACUAGAAAUGAUGACCAACUCACACCGUUUCUCUGGAGUUGCCGGAAGAUCUGUAGAUCACGGAACUUCACGGAAUUUCGCGCAAACACAAGAAACCUUCCCAACGAGUGAGAGUCAUACUGCAGAGACAAACUCAUCCAGAACAGGUUCAACUUCUUAG